GAUGGUUGCUAGCCUGCUAUUCUGCUUUAUUGGCUCUGCCCCUUAAGACGGCUGACUUGGUGGAGGAGACAGUCUGGUGUAUGAAUGUGAGGUAUUUUUUUUUUCGAGCACGGGUCGACCGAGGAAAGGGACAGUGACCGGGACAGGCAACUGGACCAUGCACUGGUUGCUGCGGAACACGGGAACGCUGCACCGAUUUCUGCCUAAAAAGGAAGGUCAAUCAUGUUUAAAAAAGUACCCGCUCCAAUUGCCGAGAUGCGCCGUUGCACCGCCAACCUCGCACAUGGAUCCCUUAUAACAUAGCGUCUUUCGCCACUUUUCUCUCUCUCACUCACCUUCACGACACCUCUUGCAACCACUCCGCAGCCGGUUCCUGCGUUUAUUCGUCCACAUUCAAGCAUUUUAUCUUCGUCGUAAUGUAUUCCCGACUUGCUAUCGCCUCUUCUGCCCUUGUCUUGGCCUCCGGAGUUGCAGCUAUCAGCCUCUCCUCGCAGUGCCAGAGCACCCUUUUAACUGUGGCUUCCUCGCCUGAUUCAACUUGCUUGAACGUAGCCGGGCUCGCUGGCUUGCUCACGACUCCCCAAAACCAAUCGCUGGUCCAGCCAAUCAACACUUGGCUCGCGGGCGCUUGCGGUGAGGACCCAUGCACGAACCAGUCUUUGGCGGCUAUUGUGCAGAACAUCACCUCGGGAUGUGGCAGCGACUUGUCCUCCAUCGGCUUUGAUAACUCGUCCACCGGUGACGUCGUGUCCGUCGUCCAGCAGGGAUACCCGACGGUCCGCAAGAUCGCUUGCUUGAAGCAGAGCUCGAACAAUUCGCUUUGUGUGACGUCACUCCUUACUCAGAUCGAGCAAGCUGAGGGUCAGCCGUUGAGCAUCGAAAACAUUAUGAACGAUCUGCCGGCGAUGGUCAUGGGCCAGGCCAAGAACGUUCCAUCUUCUAUCGCUUGCUCGGAUUGUGUGAAGCAAGCGUAUACUGUACUUAAACAGGACGAGCCAGCAAUCGCCUCUAACACUGAUGUCUCGAACGCUCUGUCUUCGCAGUGCGGUGCAAGCUUCAUCGAUGGUUCCGCUGCAAGCAAUAUUGUCGAGGGUACUGGCACAGCUGCCCCCAGCGGUGCUGCAAACGGUGCUAUUAGUUUCAGCUCCCGUGGAGUAUUAACGGGUCUUGCUGCGUCUGCAUUGGCUGCUGUUUCUUCCGCAUUCUUCGUUCUCGCAUGAGAUGCUUUACGACGCCUCGUUUAAGGCCCUGACAAUGGAUUUUUGCUCACCGGACAUCUACCUUACAUGUCUUACGGACUUUUAACCCAUUAAUUAUUGUAUAUACGUCUUGUUAAAAUCAAUUCUUAUAUGCGUCA